CUCUCUCCCUCUCUCUCUCUCUCUCUCUCUCUCUCUCUCUCUCUCACUCAUAUACAUUAUUAUCUUCUUCAUUCUGUGCUUCAAAAUCCUUACAAAUGAAGCAGAAAAGCUUGUCUACCCACAUAUCAUCCGUCAACCUUGGCAUAUUCACUUUCUUCCUCUUAUCAGAAACAACUUCUUGUGUGGAUUCAAAGUAUGAAGCUUGUGUGCCCAAAAAAUGUGGUGGCCAAAGCAUAAGCUACCCUUUUUGGAUUCAAGGUGAACAAGAGUCUUAUUGUGGGUACCCUGGUUUUGAGCUCACUUGCCAAAAUAACCAUACCAUUCUUCAAAUACCGGAAAAUAAUUAUACAGUCCAGGAAAUUUUAUAUGACAGCCAAUCUAUUCGCAUAUCGGUUUCAAAUUUAAGCAAUGAAUGUUUACCACCAAUCAGAAACUUAUCACUUGAAGUGGACAAGUUUAAAUUUGCUGCUUCUGAUAUUCCAUAUCUCCAUAUAUUAUCCAAUUGUUCGUUGUCGUUGCCUGGGGGGCUUUUGGAUUCUAAUAGGAUUAGUUGUGGGGUCAAGAAUGAAGAUGCUUGGGGUUUGGCUUUGGCGAUGUUUGGAAACAAUAAAAACUUGAACUAUGCAUUGGGAAAGUGCAAAACCCUGGUGUUGGCACCGGUUGAGUUGAAUGGAUAUGAUGGGAUUGGGGACUACAUGAAAGUGCUGAUGAGGGGAUUUGUGUUGCAGUGGAAGGCUAGUAAUUGCAGCGAGUGUAAGUCAAGUGGCGGCCGUUGUGGGUUCGAUGCGAGUAAUUACCAAUUCCGCUGCUUCUGCAAAGAUAGACCUCACCGUGUCAGCUGUAAAACUAUUAUCCUAAAUCAAGUCCUCCCAAAUGGGCCGGCAUUGCUUUCUCAACCUGGAAACUUUCUUCUUCCAUGUCGGAAUCAAUUCCCUCAUCAUCACCACCUUCUCAGCAGAGACAGUGUCAUAUCCAGAUUGGCAAUACGAAGCGUGCAGGCCUAAAAACUACGGCUUCAAAGUUUCCUGUGAAGCAAAGAAGCCUGUUUACCGGACCUCUCUCAGCGAUUACUUCAUCGAAGACAUCUUUUACCAAAACAACUCGUUUCACCUAGUUAACGUCGAGGUGAUAAAUUCUAGGUGCCCUGUCCCUCUUCACGAUUUUGCCUUUGACAGCUCUCCUUUCCAAUUCGGCCCCAACUUUGCUGGUCUUUACUUGUUCUAUAACUGCUUAAACUUGUUUCCUUCCAAUUACGCACAGUAUCCAAUUACUUGUGCUUCAAUGCCACCCACAACUCUUUCGCUUACUUAGACACCGGGACAGAUGGCUUUAACUGUUGUCAAUUUCCUUGUGAGUUAUCGGUUCAUGCCUCGGUUGAGAUAGAGGGAGGUCAGCAGAAUCAAGUAGUGGAAACUAUGGACUAUGCAGAGUUGCUGAGAACUGGAUUUACAUUAGAAUGGAUGGGGAUUAGUUGUGCCGCUGAGUGUGAAAACAGUGGUGGCCAUUGUGGGUUCAACAACAACAAUAGUGUAUGCUUUUGCCCUGAUCGACCUUAUGGCAAACGUUGGAAUAAUGGUAAACACUACAGUUGCAGUUCUAUCAAAUAUAUAUUAUUUUGUG